AAUUUUGACAUUUCAUUGCUGCGUUCUUAUCCUAUUUUCUCUCUUUCGCCAUUUAUAAAGUUUCCGUUAACUAUGGCUGACACACAAGCAGCUGCUGCACCAGCUUCGAAAGCCCCAAAGGCUGUUAAGGCAGCCAAGGCUAAAGCCCCAAAGAUUGAAAAGCCAACCGCACCAGUUUCUGCACCUAAAUACAAACGUCAUGGACGUCUUUUUGCCAAGGCAGUGUUUACUGGUUACAAACGUGGACUGCGUAAUCAACACGAAAGUCAGGCUAUCUUAAAGAUUGAGGGUGCUCGUCGCAAGGAACACGGUCAAUUUUACAUUGGCAAGCGUUGUGUGUACGUUUACAAAGCAAAGACAAAGAAGUGCGUGCCACAGCAUCCUGAACGCAAAACCAGAAUCCGGGCGAUCUGGGGUAAAGUGACUCGUCUGCAUGGCAAUACCGGAUCUGUGCGUGCACGUUUCAACAGGAAUUUGCCUGGUCACGCAAUGGGUCACCGCAUUCGCAUUAUGCUUUACCCAUCGAGGAUUUAAGUGAUUAUGUUAAUAAUUAACUAUAAUUUGACUUGGAAAACCUGCGUUUUUAAACAAAUAAAAAAUAAUUACCUUUAAAUCUAGAAA